AACUUUCAUUCGUUGUUGCUCGUCACACAGCAUUCGCCUGUACCUUCUCCAACCUUUUCUAACUACGAUGAGUUCAUCGUUCACGGCCAAUCAUCAUAUUAUGGUGCCUUCCUGCGCCGAUGCUGCUUUCGGCGGACGAAGAGUUAAAUUAAGACUAAGUGUUCCUCGAGCGGCUCUGGUGGAGGCCAGGCCUCAACAAGUAGCAGCAAUCAGAGAUGAUGUUACAGGGGCUCGUGCCCUUCAAGUUAGCAGAGAUCGAGCCGACGAUAUGCAAGCUGAAGCCAGAGCUAUGGCACGUUCUGCCGGUGCUUCUGUUUAUACCCCUGAAUUUUUGGCCGCCAAGUAUGGCUCCAGCCCAAUCAAGGUGCUGAGAAGAGCUCUUCAAAUAUUCAACGGACUUGGCUCAUUCGCACUAAAAGUAUGGCUUGACCAAUUGAACGGGGAGCUUGAUCGCAAAAUGAGAUUGCGUGCCAUUGAGCUUAGGCAGACUUUCACCAGAUUGGGCCCUACAUUUGUUAAAAUCGGCCAGGGUUUAUCCACCAGGCCUGAUUUAUGCCCACCGGACUACCUUGAGGAGCUCUCUGAGCUGCAGGAUGCCUUGCCAACAUUUCCAGAUGCACAAGCAUUUUCAUGCAUUGAGAGAGAGUUGGGCCGUCCGCUUGAUACCAUCUACUCGUCUAUAUCUGCAUCACCUAUAGCUGCAGCCAGUCUUGGUCAAGUUUAUAAAGCUCAACUUAAGUACUCGGGCCAGGACGUUGCUGUGAAGGUGCAACGGCCGGGUAUCGAAGAAGCAAUAGGAUUAGACUUCUACCUUAUAAGGGGAGUAGGCAUCCUGAUUAAUAGAUAUGUUGACAUAAUUUCAAGUGACGUUGUUGCUCUUAUUGAUGAAUUUGCUCGCAGAGUUUAUCAAGAGCUCAACUAUGUACAGGAAGGGCAGAAUGCUAGGAGAUUUAAAAAGUUGUACGCUGACAAACAAGAUGUCCUCGUUCCUGAUAUCUUUUGGGACUACACAAGUGGGAAGGUUUUGACAAUGGAGUGGGUUGAAGGUGUCAAGUUGAAUGAGCAAGAAGCUAUUGAAAGGCAAGGGCUGAAGGUUUUGGAUCUGGUAAAUACAGGCAUCCAAUGCAGUCUCAGGCAGCUGCUUGAGUAUGGUUAUUUUCAUGCUGAUCCUCAUCCUGGGAACCUUUUGGCAACACCUGAGGGGAAGCUUGCUUUUCUUGAUUUUGGGAUGAUGAGUGAAACUCCUGAAGAAGCAAGAUUUGCUAUAAUUGGUCAUGUUGUUCACAUGGUCAACCGGGAUUAUGAAGCUAUGGCUCGUGACUACUAUGCUUUAGACUUUUUGUCUCCCGAUGUGGAUGUUUCUCCAAUUGUACCGGCAUUGCGUAACUUCUUCGAUGAUGCACUCAAUUCAACAGUGAGCGAGCUAAACUUUAAAACACUUGUAGAUGGUCUGGGUGCUGUGUUAUAUCAAUAUCCCUUUAAUGUUCCGGCUUAUUACGCGUUGAUUUUGAGAUCUCUCACUGUUUUAGAAGGUUUAGCAUUAUAUGCUGAUCCUAAGUUUAAAGUACUAGCUGCUUCAUAUCCAUAUUUUGCUAAAAGGCUUCUUACGGAUCCUAAUCCAUAUCUGAGAGAUGCUCUUAUUGAGUUACUUUUCAAGGAUGGGAAAUUCAGGUGGGGUAGACUUGAAAACUUGCUUGUCCAGGGAAAGAAAGACCGGGACUUUUCUGCAAAAGAUGCGUUGCAACCUGUCCUGAAGUUGUUGUUGCGUCCAGAUGGUAAAGAAUUAAGGGAUUUGGUUAUUAAAGAGGCAAUUCGUGUCAGUGAAGCUAUUAUUUUGGGUUCAGUCAUUGAAUCAUUUAAUUCUGUUCCUGGUCCCGUGAGGACUUUUAUUUUCAAUGGAAAUGCAAGUGGUCCCUUUACAAUAAGCGCUGCUGAGCAACAGAGCUUAAUGGAACUUAGAGCACAGGUGAUUAAGAUAUGGGGACUAUUGCAAUCCUCAGAGAAUUUUGAUCCGAAUCUUUUGCAACCAAUUUUGCAGGUACUUCAAGAACCAGAAGCACGCAGUAUUGGAGGGCGUGUAGUUGGUGGAAUAUCUCAACGUUUUGCUGCGCGCUUACUGCAACAAGUUCUUCGCGCUCCUGAAACAACUACGGCUGCUGCAUAAUUGUUUCUUGAACUUUUAUAUAAUGUAACUGAUGUUAGUAAAUCUGUAUUGCAAAAAAUACUUUGAAACGGUAACAGAAAAACAGAAACUGGGCAGAUUCUGCAAACUGUAGAAAACGAAAUUAGCAGAAACUGGAAAAAGUUAUAUGAACAGUAUGUUAAAUUA